CCCAGAAUCGCAUCAUCCCGAUCUCAGAAUCACGCGAUUGCCCGGCCUGUGUGCAUCCAGAGUCGUGCAGCUCCGUGCAAAUUGACUUGCCUCGUUCGAUCGCGUGUUGCGUUGCAGGGAAAGACCACCUGACAGGGCUGGUGUAAGAGGCACAAAGAAGCUGCCUUGGAGGCUGAAGCUAAACGCGGACAGCUUGCCCAGGCAGCAUCAACGCAUAAAUACCCAGACGCUUUUCCAGACACUUUUCCAAUUCCUUUUUUACUCCCAAGGCUCCAUUCUCUACCCAUCGUCUAGUUGCGUUACAGCAUUGCAUAUCACGAUGGCUUCCACCACGGAUCCCAAGGAAAAGUUCUAUCGUCACUUUCGUGACAGCGUUGAAGUUCUUCAGGAUCAGAUUGGUCAAUUGAAUCAUCUAUCUUCGAUUGGAGGCGAGCGACAAGAGGCUACAGAUCACAUCCUGGCUGGCAUCAGCAAGCUGCAGAAUGAAGUUGCCGAUGCCGCCGAAUUCACCCCCGCAUACGACCGACGCCAGUACUCAGAUGCAAUCAAAGGCCUCCAAGAUAAGCUCAACGAGACGCUUGCCAAAGUAGCACCAAAGUCACGCUUCCAGUUUAGGCGCACCGGAACCGACCAUGUUGACAUGGGAGCACCAGAAAAUGACCCGCGAUUGAACCCGGGCAGCUUAUCCCGACGCCCACACAGCCCAAAGAGUGCACCGGGAGCAGCGAGAAGCAUAGCAGAGGAGGCCCAGGAUACCGUGGGCGAUCUGCCCUCCAAGGGCAAAGAUUACAACGAAGAGUUAGCCAAGUCAGAUCCCUCAUCUAUCCGAAAACCCAGCUUCUCUGCAGCUCAGAGCAUUGGCAUCUCUGACCAGACCGGCCUUCACAUUAUCCUUCCAUCUUCGGCCUCGCGAGCCACUGCAGCAGGCUGGCUGCGGGAUCUGAAGGAUUGUGUUAUUGACCUUUCAAUACCCACAGCCCAAGGAGCGCCAUUCCCUGGUCUUAUUCUCAAGAAUAUCGACAGGUGUCUUAUUGUGGCCGGCAGGGUGAAUGGACCCAUACACAUCAACGAUGUGUCCAAUAGCACUCUGGUCGUUAUAGCGCGGCAGGUCCGAAUUCAUGACUGCAAAAACGUCAAUAUUUAUUUGCACUGCGCUAGCCACCCUAUUAUCGAAGACUGCUCGGGCAUGCGCUUUGCCCCUCUUCCUUCGUGUUAUCUGACCGAGGCCGAUAAAUCGACAGAGAAUCAGUGGGAUCAGGUUGAUGAUUUCAAAUGGUUGAAAACAACUCAGAGUCCGAACUGGACCACUCUAUCUGAAGCUCAGAGGCUUGACGAUGAGGUGUGGACGAAGAUUGUGCCGGGCCAGCCAGGCGUCAGUGUCGAAGAAAUACUGACCAAGGUUGGAAUUCCGCCAAAAUAAGCUGACUGAUUGGGGAAGUAGACGCGGGCUGUUGCAUUAUCGAGCAUCGCAUAGGUAGUUAAAAAUAGCUAAUAGGUAGCCUCUCGGGGGAAAAUAUCGAGAUAUAUGGUUAACGUUGAUUUGGGCUCGAGAGAAAUUCGAGUGCCUGCGC